CUCAAGUCCGCUACAUAACACUCAAAAACACGCACUGUCAUGUUUUUAUUUAUUUACAUUUUCUUUCCUAUCUUGCCGUCUCUGUCUCUCCUUGUUUAACUUAGAAGCUCCACCAAGAACGAAAGUUGGAAGGGAGGGGAGGGUUUAGACUAUUAUUUUCAUUUUCUUUCCUAUCUUGCUAUCUUUGUCUCUCCUUGUUUAACUUGGAAGCUCCACCGAGAACGAAAGUUGACAGCAAGAGAAAGAUCUAAUGGAGUAUGAGAGAAUGGACAAACCUCAGAGUGGCAUUUCACCAAGUAAAUUAAGGAUGAAGCUGAUGGGGCCUCAUCAUCAUCGAAAGAAGGAUGGAUCAAACAGCAAUUCUUCAAGGACAUCUCCAUCUAGGAUUGAGGAUGCUGAGUUUGUCAACAGUCUAUUAACCUCUAAUAAUGAAGAUUUUGAUGAGGAAGUUCCCAGCUUAGAUGUUGCACCGGUUAAAAUAUCCAAUGAGAUGGUAUCGGGUUCCACCCUGAAUGAUCAAAUUUCUGGCCAAGCAAAGGAGAUGGUGCUGCAGGAGAGCAUUGAAAUGAGCCGUGCUAAAUCGCAGCAAUUCCCUCAGAGUGAUAAUGGGAAUUCCAGUGCAGUUCAUCCAAUGAGGACGCUGGAAGAUGAAAACCUUGAUUAUGAUAGUAAUGCUAGUUCGUCGAGCUUUGAGUUUCAUAAAGGGGAGAGAGGAGCAGUACAUAACUGCCUGACGAGGUCAUACUCGAGACCUGUGUCAUCUAAAUGGAACGAUGCGGAGAAAUGGAUAAUGAACCGGCAAAAUGUUCAAGCUACUUAUGCUAAGAAGAAUGCAUUUCACAACCAAGUUAGUCGAUAUCCAAUUUCACAUAUGGUGAGAGUUGCUCCGGAGUCUGCAAAUUAUGAUCAGAGAACGACUGUUAAUGGCGUAUCUGACACUAAGAGGGUUGAUUUCUAUCAGCAUGCUGUGCAGAUGCCAUUCGAGAAGUUCUCUUUUGUUCCUUCCGGAGCUCAUCAUUUUUCAGCAGAAUCAUAUGGAGGGAAUCUGUUAUUUGAUCAGUGUCCUCAAAGUAAGGAUUUGAGGGAAGUUGCUGAGAGGGAUUUAUGUUGUACAAAAAGCUCCGAAGAAGAUACUACCGUUUUUCCUGCAGUACGAUCUGUUUGUAUGAGAGAUAUGGGAACAGAAAUGACCCCAGUUGCAAGUCAAGAGCCUUCUAGGACUGCUACGCCUGUCGGGGCAACAACCCCACUCCGAAGUCCUACAUCUUCAAUCCCAUCUACUCCUCGUGGAGGGGCGUUGUCAAUGCCUUUGGACUACAACAUAGAUGAUGAGUCACAGCAUUGUCCUGAAAGUGGCAAGAAAGAAUUGUCUGAGCGAGAAGCAAAGCUCAAGACAAGAAAAGAGAUUGUAGCCCUCGGUGUCCAGCUUGGAAAGAUGAAUAUUGCUGCUUGGGCAAGCAAAGAUGAGAAGGAGGCCAAUGCAUCGUCAGGUGAUACCACUCGUAUGGAGGAGCUCGAGCGGAUUGAUUAUGAAAAACGAGCUGCUGCAUGGCAGGAAGCUGAAAAGUCAAAGCAUACAGCAAGGUAUAAGCGUGAAGAGAUUAAAAUUCAAGCAUGGGAGAGUCAGCAGAGAGCAAAACUAGAAGCAGAAAUGCGGAGAAUAGAGGCCAAAGUAGAGCAAAUGAGAGGCCAAGCUCAAGCAAAGAUGGUGAAGAAGAUUGCUAUGUCUAGGCAAAGGUCAGAAGAAAAACGAGCUGCAGCUGAAGCUAGAAAGAAUCGGGAUGCAGAAAGAACUUCUGCUAAAGCAGAAUACAUUCGACAAACAGGAAGAAUGCCAUCAUCCCCUUACAUGUGUUGUGGUUGGCCGUCAUAAUAAUAUUAGUAAACAAUCAAUCAAUAAGAGCACAACAUGCUCAUACACUUAUUGAGCCGAAAGUAGCACCUCUUAUAACCUUGUUUUGAGUAGCAUUAGUGAUGGUGAAUGAGUGUUGUAUUUAUAAAACGGCCUAGGUCUUCUUUUUUUUUUUUUUUUGUGAGUGUUGUUUACGUGGAAAUGUGAAAUGAAUAGUGCAAUUGAUGCAAUUAAUGAAAUCAUGCAUAUUUUUGUCCUUAA